AUGAUGGCCCAAAGGUCUUCUAGCAUUGAAGAAACCCAGCAAGAGUCUCAUGAACGACUUCUAGCCGAGGAGGGUAUUCUGUGGACCAAACGCGAUGAAACAACAACAUACACUUGUAAGAAUCUUGCACACUUCUUGCAAUUGAGCGCACUUGUUCUGGGAUUUCUAGUCGGGGCAUUGUUCGGUUUCCACUGGCGUGGGGAUCUGGAUGUCCUUUGCAGUAGACACGUUUCCCAAUAUUCAACUGUGAUGAGGGAAGUUGGGGUUCAAUAUACCCUGCAAGAGUUCAAUGGCUCUCUGUUGAAAGAGAAUGUUUUCCGACAAGAUGCCAGCCCAAAGGUCGAUGCAGCGUGGGAGUCUUUGGGUGUCAAUUAUCGCAGUGUUCGAAUACCCCCAGGAGAUGCCGAACGAUCUGGACUUGCUACCGACCAAGUGAAGAUCAACAAAAAGUAUGGGGGAGGAUUUCCCGUAAAUCUAGAGGGUCUGCACCAUUUACAUUGCCUGAACCUCCUUCGCCAAUCACUGUACUAUAACUAUGACUACUACCACGCAAAGGGCGAAGGGCCCUUCAUGAAUGAUGACUUUGUCAUCCGCCGACAUGUGUCCCAUUGCCUUGAUAUCCUCCGUCAACAGCUCAUGUGCACGGUCGACAGUGGAGUCCUCGGUCAAAUCUGGAUAUACCCAGAGAGUCCAGAGCCAUACGUUGAUUUCAAUACCCAGCACCGAUGUAAAAACUUUGAUGCCAUUCGUCAGUGGGCGGAGAACAACCAGCUGCCUCAAGAGCCUCCAUCGGACUUUUUAGAGCAACCGUCAGAGCAGGAUCGAAUCUACAAUGAAAUGCCGUGA